UCUUUAUAAGGAGGAAAGUAGAUCUUUCAUUGUAAUAUUCGUCCACUUCAAGAUUCUUUUUUUUCAAGAGACAUGCUGAUUGUGUGCAAAUGCACGGCUGUAAUACUGCUCUUGCAUCAUAUUCGAUUUAAUAACUGCCGCGUUCGUGCGUUGAAGGCGUAUACCGACGACAUUUUACACAUUUACGGAGUGAACUACAUGACAUGGCGGAGUAAUAACAAAUGCGCGCUUCGCUUUUUCCUUUUUGAGAAAGUGCCCGGAGUUUUGGAAAUAGAGGAGGUUGAGACAAACUGAACCACGCUCAGGAGUCCUAAGGGUAGCAUCAGUUUUGAAAGUUUGAUUUCGUGGCUUCAAACAGAAGCGAUUUUUGCCGCGGCCGCAUAUUUGCUGUUUGUUUACCUUUCUGUUGGUUGGGGUUGUAUGAGUUGUGCUGUAAUUUUACUAACGCGCGCUCCAGCAGUCGGCUGGCGAUUUUAGAAACCGGUUCCUCUAAAUAGAAUGUUACCAAGCCAGGCUGGAUCAGCACCAUCGGGAAACGGGUCAGCGUCGGUCAGGGGUAGGCCUAACAUAGGUCACGGUUCUGGGGUGAUUGGGAGUGGGAUUCACCCAGUCAGAGCUGGACAAACGGUAACUGGGGGCAGCGACAGCACCGGUGCGGUUGGGAUGUUGGGGGGCAACGGUCCAGGAGUGGGUUCUAGAGGUGGGGCAAGACCAGGGAACGGAGCGGGACUGACCGCUCUACAGACUGCCGGCCAGGGAGGUAUAGGUCUGAACACACACGGGGGCAGCCGGUACAACCCGGAUAAAGAGUGUGUGCCAAUGGGGUGCAGUGGAUCGGACGCUGAUUCGGACUCGGGGGAUGAUGACGAGCCGAUGGGUUCAAUAGGGGACAACCGAAGAGGUGUAAAGCGGGAGAGACUCGAGAUGGAGGCUGCAGUGACAGGACAUGAGGCUGGAAUACCACAGGGUGGUUAUGGUGUGGUCCCUGGAGGUGUUGCUGGCGCAAAACCAGGAAAGAAAACGCGUGGGCGUGUGAAGAUCAAAAUGGAAUUUAUCGACAACAAGUUGAGGCGAUACACAACUUUUAGCAAGAGGAAAACUGGAAUAAUGAAGAAGGCCUAUGAGCUCUCCACGUUGACAGGGACCCAGGUUCUGCUUCUGGUGGCUAGCGAGACGGGCCACGUCUACACGUUUGCCACACGCAAGCUCCAGCCCAUGAUCACCAGCGAGACGGGCAAGGCCCUCAUCCAGACGUGCCUCAACUCCCCAGACUCCCCGCCCCGCAAUGACCCGUCCACCGACCAGCGCAUGAGCGCCACGGGAUUCGAAGAGACAGACCUCACCUACCAGGUGUCUGAGUCCGAGAGCCUUGGAGAGACCAAGGAGCAGCUAAAGCCUGCGUUCACAGUGGCCAACCUCCCUGGCACCCCCAGUACCCACUCGCCCACGGCCCCCGCCGCCCUCACCACCUCCACCACCAUGCAGGUGAGCAGCGGGGCCUCCUUUCCCAUCACCAACUACUUGGCGCCCGUCUCGGCCAGCAGCAACGCCAACGGCACCGUCCUGAAGACUGCCGGCAGCUCCGGGGGUCAGGUCAUGCAGCUGCCCAGUGGCUUCACCUUCAUGUCAGCAGGCACUGCCCUUCCCCCUGGCACCCCCACCAUUCCGCUCAGCCAGCUACACCAGCACUCGCUGGCCAUCCAGGGACAGCAGGGACAGCAGCUCAGCGCCUCACAGUUGGCACAGCAAGGCCAGCAGGCCGUCUUCCGCUUCCCCGCUGCCGUCGCCCUAGGGGGAGGGAUGACCCAGCAGCUGCAGGCCAUCCAUGUUCAGCCCACCACGCACGCCAACGACAGCAGCUCUGAGAUCUCCCAGACCUCAACUGUCUCCACCGCGACCAUUGUCACGUCGUCGGCGCCCACGUCCAUGGCGGGUCACAUGAUGUACACCAGCCCCCACACGGUGAUGUACGCGUCCACGCCAACGCUGGCUGACGGUGGCCUGGCCGUUCUCAACGCCUUCUCCCAGGGUGCCUCUGCCAUGCAGGUGUCCCACGGUCCGGGCCAGGACACAGGUGAGACCACGCUAGACUACAGUAGGCUUCGCUGGGACACAGGUGCUAUUCCUCAGGUAUUCCUCACGGCGCCACCCGGAACCAUGCAGAUCCCGGUGUCGGCAGUGCAACUCCACCCAGUACGGCAAGACCUCCAUUUUACAAAUGGUGAUUGGUCAGCAGUCGAGCGGCAGCAGCAGUAACCUCACGGAGCUGCAGGUGGUCAACCUGGACUCGGCGCAGAACACUAAGACCAACUGAAAGACGGGGACACGGGCGCACUGAGGCCCGGGGGAAUCCGGCCAGACAGACUGACACGUAUUUAUUGCUGCCUUGCCACGGCGUUUCAUUUCAGACCUCGUGUCUUGCGCUUCACAGUACGACAAUGUGCAACGCGCACACCCACAGACUGUGCGGUGAGUCGUCUCGUACGUGAGUAGAUGUUUGAAAAUAUGUAUGCAUUCGUUCACUAAACAUAGGAAGGAAUUGACGUAUUCACUACAUCCUUCUUUUGGAUCCCCUUUUUCUAUAGGGUGGUGUUUUUUCUUGCGUGCUAUACGUUUUUAGGGUCUGUAAUUGCCGGUUGCACAUGACGCAGGUACCGCAGCUUCACGUCAGCCAAAGAGACAGUCACUUGUCUGGAUGUUUGCGCGUGUGCUUGUGCACGGGCAUACGUGUGUAUGUGUGCAAAUGUGGGAUUUAUAAACGGACGGGGUAGUGGAGGACAUGAGGUUAAUGAUUUGGAAAUGUACAUAUUAUUUUUCAUUUUUUAUUGAAUCAAAUUGUAUUUUUAGCCUGUUUGUGCAAUGGCAGUUGUUUCUAUGUCGUUUUGUAUAUAUAUGCAGAUAUAUUGCAUAUAGAAGGAAUUAUUUACACACUAUGUAUGUAAAUGAAUGUAAUAUACAUACAUAUUAUGUUGAUUUAUGAUUUAUACAUAUGCAGAUGUUCAUUCUUGGACAAUUUAUUCUUGACAAGUCAGAGCAAAGACGCUGAAUAUUGGUUGACAUUUUUUCCAUUUUGAAAAUGUAUUCUGAAACACCCACGAACCGAGCUUUCCAAUCAGUAAAGCUAAACUUGAAACGGGCAUGGAAAAAAUGUAUAUUGGGAAAGGGUGGCCAAUUAAUUUCUAGAGUGAUCCACAAUGACCACUUGCUAAUUCACCCCUUUGCCUUGCCAGUCACAGUUCUGAAGAUCUGGCCACUGCAAGCUACUGUUUCAUUUAAUCAGUGCAUUUGUGAUCAGGUCACUGGUAAACUAAUGCCAGGAUUAAACACUGAAUUUGUCAAUUGUUUUUCUGCUAUUAUCAAGUAUAUAGACUUGAGGCAAGUUGACUUGGACUGAAGACAAAAUGUUCCUGAUUUGGGCGCAGUUUUGUCUGACAAAAUUAAAUUGGUGGUGUGGUGGAUGUGUUCGCAGGUGAAAGGAGACAUUAUUUAGAUGAACAUCAGUUGGCUGGGGUACAACGGUGGCAAAUAAGGCUUGUCUGUAUAGCCUGAGUCCCUAAUAAUGGGACACGGUACCACAAGGGUAUCUGAAGGGAAACUGAAUGUACCCCUGGCAUUACCAUUGGUACACACAGCUGUGUUCCAAAUGGGUGAUUACUUGCAUACUGUGGGCAGGACUGAAAUAAACCGAAAUCUGUAUGGAGCAUACUCUUAAUUCCCUGACACACCUUUUCUUUUCCUGUUAAUUUUGAUAAUCUCAGAUUUUGUCAGGACAGAGUUUGACCAAAACAUCACUAUUUACACUAGUCAAUUUUGAUUCAUUUUUUUUGCAGGAAAGUGAUGAGGUUUUGUAAAAGAGCAAUGGGCCAGAUUCAAACCCACACCAAAACCAAUUUUGACACUAGAAUACACUUGAUUUAUCUAUACUGCAAAAAUAUUGGUUUUCGGAUUCAGCUGUGUUAUUGGCCUUAAAGUAACAUGUUUUAUGUUAGGUCUAUAUGGUCUGAACUCUGGCUCCACCUUAAAGGAUCUAGGCUAUACACUUUCAUGUUAUUCUACAAAGGAUUUAACACCUUCAACCACACCUGGGUUCUAUCAUUUAAAAUUGUUUAAAUACUUGAAGCAUUUUCAUAAGUCUGUCUGGAGCGCUAAUUAGGUGGCCUUUUGGGACUUUUCAUUUCCAUAAGCAAACUCAUUCAAGCGCAAUUAUUUGAACCCAGGUCUGCUUGUAUAAUGGUUCAUCACUGUUGCCUCUGAAUUAUUUAAACAUUAAACAGGCAUUUUGUUAGGAUUCUUCUUGCUGUCUUCAUGAAGAAUAGUGAGGUUGUACUUUGAAACUAAACUGUUUACUGUCAACCCCCAAAAAGUAUUAAAGUAAGCCCUUGUGUCCAUGGAGAGUGUCACUGCAGUAUUUAUUUAAAGAUAAGGGCAUAUCUGACCCAGUUAAUAUUCCCUUGGGUUUACCCAGGUGAAUUGGGUGUAGUGAGACAGUGCAAUUUUCUUUCUACACCACAGUGCCUCCUGUUCAUGUUUAUUUUCACAAAUGGAAUUUAAAUGUCUUUAUUCUGUAAACAUUUCAAAUAGCCUUUGCCCUUGUUGUAGAUUAAAACGUGUGUUAUUUUUCCCCAUCCCAGGAAUGUUUCGACAGUUGAGAAAAAUAUUGGGGGGGUGGGGUGGUAUGGACUAAGCUGACAUUACACAGCGCAAGUAGGGUCAUGCAAUGCUUUAAUUUGUUUUUGUUAAUUUAGUUUGUGAAUUUGCAAUCAAAGGCCAGGAUUCAAUCCGAUCACAUUUGUAGAUAAUGCAGCAUUUAAAAACAAUGUUCUUUAUGUUUUGGGGGCAUUUAUCCUAUUAUGUGGUAGAGAAAGUAGUAGGAGAGUGCACUGAAAUAGACAAAAUGUAUAGGAGCAAUAGCUUGGGAAAAAAGGUCAACAUAACACUUACAUUUGGAAUGAAUGCCAAAUAUUAUGAGUAAUAUAUACACAGUAUCUCACAAAAGUGAGUACACACCUCACAUUUUUGUAAAUAUUUGAUUAUCUUUUCAUGU